UGACCUAGUUUACGUAACCUGUGCAAACGAAGGGGUUCGGUCCUUUGCUAUGCCACAUAUUUUAUGGGAAUUGACUGUUAUAUCGGCUUGGUGUGGUCUAAAAUUUACAGAGGGUAUUCUCAGGACGCCUGUGCACGCCGCGAAGUCUCUUAACUACAUUUUAUUUGGAGAUUCUGUCAAGAUAUUCGAGAGAGAAAAAGAACGACUUUGUACAAUGGCUUCGGCCUCGAAAGGCCUGCCGGCCGAAGUGGCCAAGAUUGGCAAAAACUUGGUCAAAAGUGCGACUUCAGGAGAGAUGGUUGCCAUAGAAAGCUUCUGGGAAAAACAAGCAUGCAUGAUCACAUUUUUGCGUCGUUUUGGAUGACAGUUCUGUCGCCUCGCCUCGCGCGAGAUCAGCACCCUGAAGCCCCAGCUGGACUCCCAUAACGUACGCAUGGUCGCAGUCGGGCUGGAGGAGGUCGGGGUGGAAGACUACAUGAAGGGGAACUACUUUUCAGGAGAGGUUUAUAUUGAUCAAAAACAGCAAUGCUAUAAAGACAUGGGGUAUAAACGAUAUGGUAUACUGAGUGGUCUUAUGUCCAUCCUUAAGAAAGUGUCAAGAGCAGCUAUGGCAAAGGCAAAAGAACAAAACAUCACUGGUGAUUUUAAGGGUGAUGGGUUCCAAAAUGGUGGAACCAUUAUUGUAUCUGCAGGUGGCAGUGAGUGUCUUCUGAACUGGCGUCAAGAGAAUCCAGGAGAACAUGUUCCACUAGAAGAUGUUCUCAAAGCACUUGGAAUAGAUGGUGGAGCGCCUGCCACAGAACAGAAAGCUGAGGCGCCAAAAGUGGUUUGCGAAGAUGAUGUCUGCUACAAGAAAUAGGCAGAAUGGGCUAAAAGGACUAGCGAAAGACCACUACAAGGAAUGCUAAGGAAUUGACACAUUCCAAAUAGACUAAAUGGACAAAAACAAGUCCACCAAAUAAAUAAUAUGGAUCCCAUAGAGAUGAUGCUUUGAUUGGUAAUUUAAGUAAAUUUUUUUUUUUUUGUGAAUUAUUUAUUACAAAUUAGAGCACAAUGCAAACCCAGGUUCUUAAAGCAGGCUAAUUGUUCAAAAUAGCAUGUUUGCAAUUUAGAUAGUCAUCUAUUUGAUUAUAAAAACUGAUUUUUGAAUAAACAAAUUAUAAAAUUAUAAUAUCAUAAGCUUUUAGAGUGAUAAAAAGUGUAAAGCUGAGCAGGGGUUUUUAUGGACCUUUUUUAUUUAUUUUUUGUUCAUUUCAGCAUAUUUUCCGUUAUAUUAAAUGUACCAGUUAAAUGUAAAUCAAUAUUGUUAUUUGUAAGCAGUGCCAUAUCACACCCAGACACUGUCUCCUCUUGCACAGAGUUGCCACCUAUGAAGCUAGACUGGGAAUCUUUUGGGACUGGUCUGGUGGAUGACCUUUGACCUCUGUCAAGGUCAGACAGUGUUCAAGGCUGUGAAUGUGGACCUUGUCGCUCUUGUUAAAGCCAGUUGACUUUUCAGUGUAAUACUUUUAAAAUAAUUUUAAAAAAUGGACUUAAGCCAUAUUUUUGUUGACUAAGUUUAUUCAAUUGGCAUGACAUUUGUUCAGGGACUUUAUAUAAACAACAUUUUUUUCUAAAAUAAUUAAUAAAUACAUUGAAUUGGAA